AUGUCGAUAGAGCCCUGUCCUGCGGAGCACCCUUCAGCCCUGAAGAGGCAAGAGACGGUACAGACGGUGAGCCGGCUCUUGAAGCAGGCUCCUCCGGGGGAGUUCGACAAGGCCUUCAGCGACUUGCGCGUGCUGGUGGAGGACGACAACUUGAUGGGUGAGGAGGCCUCUGGUUUCUGCGCUGUCCACAACAAGGACCACUUCGCCCCCGUCAAAGCAGAAAGCUGUGAGGUGCUGCUGACCCGCCACAAUGAGCUUGAGGAGAGCCGUUUCCUGGACCCUCAGAGCCAAGUCUCCUUCAAGUACGACCAUCUGAAGAGGCAGCUGACUGACUUCCAGGCACACCCUGAGGAAGACGAGAAAGGGGAGCAGUGGCGGCGGGAACUUCAUGUGUCCCUGAAGGCCUACGUCGACGACCACUACCCCGAAGGGCUCUGCAGCGUCUUCAUUAAGGACACAGCGGUCCGCAGGAUCUUGGUGGCUUGCAUCGAGAGGCACCAGUACAAGCCCUCGGCCUUCUGGAACGGCUCGUGGAAAUCAGAGUGGACUUUCGCCUUGGCCCCGGCCUCCACAUCCACGGAAGUCACCGGGACCAUCACGGUUCAAGUGCACUAUUUUGAGGAUGGCAACGUCCAUCUGACUGUCACACGGGAUGUGGAGGAGACGCUGUUGGUCACAGACGAGGCCCAGACUGCUCAAGACUUUGUGAAGCUCGUGAAGAAAGCAGAGAACCAAGUCCAGAACGGGCUGAUGGAAGAGUAUCAGAAAAUGAACGACACAUAUGUGAAAUCUUUCCGGAGGCAGCUGCCCAUCAUCCACACCACCCUGGACUGGGAGAGGAUGACGACGGCGAAGAUCGUGGAGGCCCAUGGGAUCCAGUGA